AUAUAUAUACAUACACCACAGCCCGCAGGAAUGAGGGAUUAGAAACGAACGAGUUGUUAUCCGCAGAGUAAGUUGUUUUUGCGCACAAUAGAUCUAUCUUAAUAUUGCAAUGAGUGGAUUACUUCAGUGUUUCGUCUGGGUACUCGCUGUCUCCACGACUUUUCAUACGCCUGGCGGGUGUUCGCCUUUGCUGGCGCCAGAGCCGAUACGCUGCGCUCCCUGUACCCAGGAGCAGAUCAUCGAAUGUCCAGCGGUGCCGUCCAGCUGCCAGGAGGUGUUAAAGGAACCGGGCUGUGGAUGCUGUCUCGCAUGCGCUUUGGAGAAGGGUGCUCUCUGUGGGGUUUACACGGCGCAUUGCGCCACUGGUUUACGCUGCACCCCACGGCCAGGUGACCCACGACCUCUCCACUCCCUCACAAGGGGUCAAGGAAUCUGCACUGAGUCUGAUGACGCGGAAGAAGACGCAGAUGCGACAAACGAUCAGGGGUCUUUGCACUAUUUGCUGGGACUCAACAAACCCCUUGACCCCCGCGACGCCGCGGAAGCACAUGAGAGCAUUAAAGCCAAAGUCAACGCCAUUCGAAAGAAGUUAGUCCAACAGGGCCCCUGUCACAGUGAACUCCACGCCGCCUUGGACGUUAUCGCUACUUCGCAGCAGACACUGGGCGAAAAAUUCACUAGCUUCUACCUCCCCAACUGUGAAGAGCACGGCUUUUACAAAGCCAAACAGUGUGAGACGUCUCUGGUGGGGCACCCAGCUCGCUGCUGGUGUGUGUCCUCCUGGAAUGGCAAGAGACUUCCUGGAUCCACUGACCUCAGUGCAGAUGGCCAGUGCCAUCAAGAGGUCACUCACUAAAGCAUUGUCCAGUGUGCACGCACGCACUCACACACACACACACACAUUUAAUCUAGCUGUAGUGCUCUGUAUAUGUCCUAUCAAGACUUAUUUA